GGGUGGGCGGUAGCACCUGUGACUGGCGGCUGGGCGCCAUGUUGGGUGUGAUAGGAAACAGGGAUGACACGCGUCCGGUUCCGGGGCAGCCGGUAAGGGCUUCUGAGGCGUCAGUUCUCGAAGGGCGGCGGCGGAGCGCGGGGGAGGGGGGCUCCGCCGCCCGGAGCAUGGACAUGCGGCGUCCAUACAGACUUGGGAUUACAGUUCUCUAGUGUAGAACAGCUGGGAGAAACUGGCAGAGACUAUCGCUUCAAUUCUGUACGCGUGACAGAGAACGGUCAGGAUGGGAAACAGCGCGCUAAAAGCCCACCUGGAGACAGCACAGAAAACGGGUGUGUUUCAGCUAACGGGAAAGGGACUUACAGAGUUUCCUGAAGAUCUGCAGAAGCUAACAAACAACUUAAGGACAAUAGACUUGUCGAACAACAAAAUAGACCUCUUGCCACCGCUCAUUGGAAAAUUUUCCUUUUUGAAGAGCCUCGUUCUAAACAACAACAAACUGACUGCUUUACCUGAGGAGCUGUGUAAGCUGAAAAAACUGGAAACACUCCAUUUGAAUGGCAAUCACUUGAGGCAGCUACCAGCUGCAUUUGGACAACUUGCAGCUCUCAAAACACUGAGCCUUUCUGGAAACCAGCUUCGGACUGUGCCUACACAACUCUGUGGUCUUCGCCACUUGGAUGUGGUAGAUCUUUCCAGAAACCAGAUCCAAAAUGUACCCGACACCGUGGGAGAAUUGCAGGCUAUUGAACUCAAUUUGAAUCAGAAUCAGAUUUCCCAGAUAUCAGUGCAGAUCUCCCACUGUCCACGCCUCAAAGUCUUGCGUUUAGAAGAAAACUGUCUAGAACUCAGCAUGCUUCCUCAGAGUAUCCUCAGUGAUUCCCAGAUCUCACUGCUUGCAGUAGAAGGCAAUCUCUUUGAAAUCAAGAAACUCAGAGAACUGGAAGGUUAUGACAAGUACAUGGAACGAUUUACAGCUACAAAGAAGAAGUUUGCAUGAUCAUUAUUCUGACCCUGUGUAUUCCUGUUAAGAAGAGUUAGUGACCGAAGCACCUGCUUCACUGACUUAACCCAAGACUGAUGGAGAUGACCAGAAUAUUCUUACUCUAGUAGUCUGAUAAGGCCAUGUUGAAUAAACUUGAACUAGAGACCAUGGGUUUGAACUGAAGAAGCUGCCCAGGGGCCAGUUUUGAGUUUUGUGAGCUUUUAACACAAUACCUGACCUCUGUUGUCAGGGCUUGUUCUUUCACAGAGAAAUGGAAUGAGCUUUUCAAAGUUGCCCAUUCCUUUAUGGCAGGAAGCUGGCUGUUGAUUUGGAAGAGGAAUAUUUCUUCUGGAAAUGUUUUUCUAUGAUAACACAUGGAAGUUCUGCCACCAAAGCAGAUAUGAAACAUUGUAUGUCUUUCCGUAAGCACUAUUCUACAGAGAGCAACUUUUACAGAUGAGGUUUUAGUUUAUAACCUGUAUAAGUUUUUUUAUGAAGCACAAAUAGUUCUGGCCAAGUUCAGUGUUUUAUUAACUGUUUCUGGUAAACAAAUCAUGGUUUGAGCAUCCUUCAUUCAUAUUUUACUGUACAGGCUUUCUUCUCCCACAAGCAAGAAUUGCACUACAGUCCACUUCUGCUUGAGCUGUAUCAAAUAAAAAUUAGGUUCCUCUUUAAUGUAUUCCAUAAAAAUGUAUAUUGCUGGAAAAUACAAUAUCCUUGCACUGACUCCCUGUGUACAGAGCAAUGCCCAAAGUUUUAGUUGUCAGCCUACAGCUGCUGCCUUAUUACAAAAAGCACCUAGAAAGAGCUAAAAAAAAAUGCAAUUAUGUAUCAUAUACUGAAAAGGAAAAUGUACUUGUUUAUUUUAGUAAAUAAUUUUCAAAAACUCA